AUGCUUUCGGAUUCAGUAAGCGCUUAUACCAUUCAGUGUGCCGACUGCUUAAAAUGGAGGUUCAUUCCUACCAAGCAGAAAUAUGAGCAGAUUCGAGAAACUAUAGCAGAACUGCCUUUCUGUUGUGAAACGGCUCGUGAAUGGCGGCCUGAAAUAACAUGUGAUGAUGAAUCAGAUCUAGUAAAAGAUGGAAGUUGGCGUUGGGCAAUAGACAAGCCCAGUAUUCCUAAACCUCCUCAUGGCUGGCAACGGAUUUUACGAAUCAGAGCUGAAGGAGGCAUAAGAUUUUCUGAUGUGUACUACGUUGCUCCAUCGGGUGAGAGAUUUCGAUCAAUGGUGAAAAUUCAGAGUUUCCUGAAUGAACAUCCAGAAUAUCAGGGUGUAACAGAGUCACAGUUCUCAUUUCUAAAUCCAACACCAAUGGAGGAAAAUUAUGUGCGAAAACGUCGUGCUACUUCUGCUGCUUCACAUAAGAUGAGUGGCGCUUUGGUACAAGUACCAAUGGAGGAAAAUUACAAGCGAAAGCAUCGUGCUACUUCUACUGAUUCACCUGACAUGAGUGGUGCUUUAGUACCAGUUGCUGCCACUCCCAUAUCUUGGGUUGCUCUGGACCAGAUGAUAGACAUAUACGUUGGGGAGGAAGGUAACUCUACUUCAGAGGUUGAGGCAGAGGCACCAGCUGAAAGUUUAGGUCCGGGUGUCGAUGAUCCUAGUGCAGGAAGCGGAUGUUGA